AUGCGUGCGUCUGGGGUGGAUGAAGACCUUGGCGACAUGACGAAGCUGAAGCAAGACAUUCUGGACCAGCGCGAAGACGCAAAGAGCAAGAAAACAAGAAAGCGCGAAGACGAGCGAGAUCGUCAAGACUUGCUCGACCAAGCAGGUGAAAAGGCAUGCAACGAUGCAGAGGAGCGGGUCGCAAAGCGGAUGGCCCUGGGGACCAUGCCUGUAACAAUCAAGCGCGACGCUGCCCGUGAUCCCACUGAUUUGUUACUGGCAUUUGAAACCAAGCGCCACGACGAUGAUCAUGCAUAUCCAAUGCAAAGAUUGAAGUUUGAGCAGGACGAACAAGAGAUUCGUCGGAAUGAACAAAGACAAAUGGCCAUGCUUCAUGAAAUGCUCAUUGACAAAUUGUGA